AUGUCACCACAAGAGGUCCGCGCCUUCGACGAGCAGCAGACUGCGUGUGCAAGGCUCUUCUACCACACGGACCAGGGCUACUUGCAGGGCUACAUGGAGCUGGACACCUGGCAUUGGACGGCGCCGGCCAUCUACAGCAGCGAAGCUGCCCCGUACCCACUGGAGCUCUCGGUCACCCGGGUUGACCACAUCGCCUAUGUGUGGGACGAGUAUUGCGACAAGUUUUCCGAGAGCUCCCAUAAGUGCGGAGAUUACAAGAUGGCGACGUUCCAGGGCCGUCCAGCGUUGCCAGCGGCAUCCUCGACCACUCCGCAUGCCUGA